UGGUCUUCAAAGUACCAAUCUGUGGAGUCCAAUUGUCUCUAAUUAACGCCACGUGUUCAACCAUCAAAUUAAGCUCCGCACGUCGUAAUGAGUUGAAUCUGCAAUCAAUCCGUUGUGUACAGACGGACUGAUUUCCUUGUCCAAGUGCAUCGAAAAGUAUUCCUACUCCAUGGCAGCCGAGUCUGUUGAGUCCGAGUAUAUAAUCGUAGACCUCGUCUUCCAACAACACCAAAUCACACCUACCAAAUCUGGCUUCGUUCAUGUACACUACGCUCACGGAUAGCUCAACAUUACAACUUUAAAAAGUUAGCGUCGAUCGAGAUCCAACAGGUCUACGUGGAUGAUUUCGAGUAUCAAGCUUCUCUCUUCACUUGCUUCUGUGUUCAACUCUGAGCAGUCAGCUGGUGUCGUUACUGAGCUCAGCCGGCAUCAAUUUAAAGUUUAUCAAGGUCCUCUGCUUAAGGCCGUCAUCCAGUUGUCAGUAAGGAGAUCGAUUCCUCACAUCGACCGCAUUACCAUCAAUGACUUCUGUGCAAGAACGACGCCCGUUCGUUGAGUCCGACCAGGACACAGAGGUAGCUAUCACAGAAACCACAACGGUGACGGAGACAAUUGUUGUGGAAACAACAGAACUACAGAAUACCGACAUGUUUGCAACUAGACCCAACGAUCUGUCUGAGAGGCCACUGGGUCCAAUUUCCAUAGCCGAGGUACUCGAAAAUGUGGCGGAUACCAUCGGCGACAAGCCUGUAACUGUAAGCGAUGCCAGAGCUAUCCAGUCAGCGGAAGCCUUGGCAUCUGGCAUUUCAUGCGGAGUGAAAGGAGGCCCCGGAUCCCUUGCCUUGUCAGCUGUGGAUCAGAAGAAGAGCAACACAAUCGGUCAUGUCCUCAAGAAUGCCAGUUCCCAUCUUACUCAAGACAAGAUUGUAACUUCGAGAGACGCUUCCAAAGUGCACUCCGCAGAGGCUCGUAACAAUAACGGACAAGUUCCUAAAGGUGGAAUUUCUUCAACAAUGCAGCAGGCAGCAGCUUACAACCACAAUGCUCGUUAUUUCACAGGCAUGGAUGAACAAAUCCAGUAGGCGACAUCCACAAAAAAAAGACGUGCUUUCUAGUUUGAGAAAAGCAUCGUCUGUCGUCCAUGAUCAUUCAUUCAAUGGACCUGUAAUGCAAUCUAGUGUACCCUGUGCGUUCGUGCCGGAUCGAUGCGUUUACGUACCAGAGGAGGUCUGGUAUAUAAAAAGCAAACUGUAAGUAGACAUAGGUACACGAGUCUUCACGACACCUACUCGCUUUGAGGCAGUAGACGUGAGCAUUUUUUGACAGAACUGAGAGAUCUGCGCUGUUCCACUGACCCUGGCACUGGUAGUAGAUGGUCAAGGACAACAUCAAAGUGUGGUUACAUAUAUAUAUCGUUUAUGUGCGCGGGGGACAAAGCAGAUAACAGAAAGUAUGCGAAGACGUAAUCAAGCCUUACAAGUGAGAAAUGGAACGUAACACAGAACUUUGUCCUGGUUUAUGUUACCCAUUAUUAAAUAUCCAUUAUUAUUCUAGCACAACUGUAAACCGUGUGCCUGUCACGUGGUG